UCUCACACCUGUGUUAAAUACCGAUAGCGCUUAACUUUAACAACCUACACAAGAUGGGACUUCAGCCGAAAAAUGUUCUUAUCACGGGUGCCAAUAGAGGUUUAGGACUAGAACUUGUUAAGCAGUUUUUAAGAUUGCCGUCACCACCUAAGACGUUACUUGCAACAUGCAGAAGUCCAGAAAAUGCAAAGGAUCUAAAUGACCUGGCUUCUAAACACAGCAAUGUAAAAAUUUUGAAGCUUGACGUAACGAAACCUGCUGAUAGUGGAGAAAGCACAACAAAAUUAGCUGGUUAUCUAGCUAAGGAGGGACUUAACUUGCUGAUCAACAAUGCAGGCAUUGCCUACAAGAAACAGUUUUUAGGGAAUUUGGAAAAACAAACCCUUAUAGAACAAUUUGACGUUAACAUCUUUGGUCCUAUCCUAGUGUCACAGGCAUUAUUACCAUACAUAAAACAGGCAGCGAAGUCCUCAACAUAUACCAGUUUGAACUGUAAUAGGGCAGCUAUUGUCAAUAUGUCAAGUAUACUGGGUUCUAUAGCUGAAAAUCAAAGUGGUGGACUUUAUCCAUACCGGACAUCUAAGGCAGCUCUGAAUAUGUUGACAAAAAAUAUGAAUGUGGAUCUUAAAUCAGAAGGAAUUCUAUGUUUCUGCAUGCAUCCAGGCUGGGUACAGACAGACAUGGGUGGACCCAAUGCAGCUGUGGUUAAAGAAACAUCAAUUGCAGGAAUAUUAGAUGUUAUGUCUAAAAUGAAUGGAGAGACAUCUGACAUAUUUAUAGAUUAUAGUGGGCAAUCUGUACCAUGGUGAUAUAUAAAUAUAUAUUCAAGUAGCAGUAUGUAGCACAUAUUUGAUAUCAACCAUCUAACAAAACACUAGUGAGAUGGCGUUAUCUAAUGAUGAUUCAAAAUGUUAUAAUCUCAGGUUGAUUUAAAUUUAUCACAUUGUUUUCAUGAUGCUUAAACAUGUUUAAUUAUAAUUAUUUGAUUGUUA